AUGACACUGGGUGUCGGCGCAGGCACCUUCACGGUGCUCGUCACCGUUAGCGUGGCCAUACUUCUCGCGCUCGUCGGCUACUACUUAGCCCCAGAGUCUGCCCUGGUCAUCAUUCUUGGCCACGUUGCGCUGCCCUUCAUUGUCUACAGCGGCAUCCUGACAGCUCCGCAUGGCUCUGCCGCCAACACCACCACUGCACUGGAUUCGACACCCUACCGAGAACGUCAGUUGCCAUCCAACACAUAUCCCGUUGACAAGCUCGUGUCGGUGCGCAUUGUCGUACUCGUUGUGCUGGAACUCAGCGUGCUUGCCGGGAUCAGUCUUCAUAUACUUACACUUGCGAAGUCGCCGCCAUACGAGGCGCCGCGUGUGCGCUGUCUCGGCCAGCAACUGAAAGAGGCGCACCCAUCCUGGUACCGGUAG